AUGGAAGGUCGAGGGGGUCAAAAAUGGACACAAGAACUUCCGGACGUGGAGAAGUCGAAGGUUGACCACAACAUUGUUCCUGUCCACGACAUGCUUAUGCGCCGAAGGUCGCCCUCAACCUUUCGAGUAAUAAAAGCAAGACAUAAUUCCACGACACCAGUCCCCAGUUCCUAUAAUGAGUCCCCAGAGACGCUGCGGGAGAAGAUGAGAGGCAAAGUUCCAAAGCAUCAGGCCUUGCUACUUUUAUAUACUCGUAUGCCCGCAAAAGAGUGGCCAUCAGACAUCAAAAACCUUUCGCAAAUCUACCAGACCGCAUUAUUACACCAGUCUAUGUUCCAAGGGCAGACUUUGAUGUGCCAUCCUGGGAGCACUGGAUUUCAUGAAACUACAACUUGGAUGGCAGCACAUGGGUCUGACGACCGUCAACCAUUUUCGGCCACGUUUUUUAGUAAAUUCAUGGAGCCGCUCAACAUUGACAAGCUCAGAGUUCAUGAAAUGGAUAAAUGGGCCCGGCUAUUUCAUGAGCGAGUGCAAGAUGGAGUCAUCCUCGAAAACAUGAUGCAUUGUCCAGAACAGGCUCGCAGCGUCGUGCGCUCCGCAUUCAAGAGUCAAGAAACUCAACGUGGAAGUUUCCUGCUGAAGAAGUUGUGGAUUCUUGUCUGCACUCAUGCUGCUCGCGACUGUCGGUGUGGACAACAUGGUGCCGAGGUUAUCCAUGAAUUCCGUCAAGAAGUCCAACGAAGAAAUCUACAGGAAAGAAUAAACAUAGGUGAAGUUUCUCACGUAGGUGGACAUGCAUUUGCAGCGAAUGUCCUCGUUUAUCCAUACGGGGACUGGUAUGGUACGAUGAGGCUAGAGCAUGUCUCUCCAUUCUUGGAUUCACUCCUGGGGGUUGAGGAGCAGGGCUCACUCACGGGCCCUCAGAGUUUGUUGUGGAGAGGAUCAUGGUUCGACGUGCGUGGAGAACUGAAUGAGUACCCCAGUCAACAAAAGCAGCAAGAGGUGGCAAAAGAGUGGGGGAUGGAUCUGGAUGCAAUAACACGCGGAGACUAA